ACUUUCUCCAGUUGCUCCCGUCUCCUCGUAGUACCUUCGCCACAUCUAUCAGCAUCAUCUUCACUCUUUUCCAUUUCUACUCGUCUGUUUUCUGUCUCAUCUGUUGCGCACGUAAAGAAAAGGAUGGCUCCAAAAAAGGCUGGUGCGGAGAAGGAGAAAAGGGUUCUGCUCGGCCGACCAAGCAAUAACUUGAAGAUCGGUAUCGUAGGCUUACCAAACGUCGGAAAAUCGUCUUUCUUCAACGCGCUGUCAAAUACCGACUUGGGGAAAGCUGCAAACUUCCCUUAUGCUACUAUCAAUCCCGAGGAAGCUCGGAUACCUGUUCCUGACCCGCGUUUCGACUGGCUCUGCGAGCUUUACAAGCCCGCUUCAAAAGUGCCCGCAUUCUUGACAUGUAUUGAUAUUGCCGGUCUGACCGCUGGUGCAUCAACAGGCGCUGGUCUGGGCAACGCUUUCCUCUCACACGUCCGUUCCGUCGACGGGAUCUUUCAAGUCGUACGUGCAUUCGACGAUGCAGAAGUAACACACGUCGAGGGUGACGUCGACCCUAUACGAGAUAUGGAAAUCAUCCAGACCGAGCUCCGAUUGAAGGACAUUGAGUGGGUCGAAAAAGCCUUGGACGGGUUGAAGAGGGGUGCACGAGCACUGAAUAGUACAAGUUUGGCUGAUAGGGCUAAGAAGGAGGAAAUUACGACGGUCGAGAAAGUCCUGAAAUGCGUACAAGAGGAUGGCAAGGACGUCCGUAAAGGCGACUGGACCAACAAAGAGAUCGAUGUCAUUAACGGCCUUAUGCUCCUGACAGCGAAGCCUGUCACUUACCUCGUCAACCUCAGCGAACGUGACUACAUUCGGAAAAAGAACAAAUGGUUGCCAAAAAUCAAAGCCUGGAUUGACGAACACAACCCAGGCGACCCUCUCAUUCCCUUCUCCGUGGCACUAGAAGAACGUCUCGCACUCAUGUCUCCUGAAGAGAAGGAAGAAGAGCAGAAGAAAAUCGGUGCGACGAGUUCAUUGGGGAAGAUCACGCAAGCUGGGUAUUCUAGUCUCGACUUGAUUCGGUACUUCACCUGCGGACCAGACGAAGUUCGCGCAUGGACAAUCCGAAGAGGGAUCAAAGCUCCUCAGGCGGCUGGUGUCAUUCACACGGACUUUGAGAACAAAUUCGUCUGCGGUGAGAUCAUGAGCUACGAAGACCUCCGCGAAUACGGGAGCGAAGCGUCUGUUAAGGCUGCUGGGAAGCUUAGGCAGCAGGGAAAACCUUAUGAAAUGAUUGACGGAGACAUUGCAUACUGGAAAGCUGGUAUGUAAGAGGAGUGGAUUGACGGGGAGCGGUUGUAGAUAGUGUUUUUUUUGUGAGGGUGUAGAUGAAGAUACAAAGAAGCCUGUACAAACUGUAUUCUGUGUCGAGUUCCAGGCAGUUAUAAAGGGUGGUGCAGACAAGAUGUAGAUUUAUUCAAGAUCUAUAUCAUACUUUGCUCCUCCUCGAGUAUAUACGACGUUUGUGUGUAAGCUAGCAAAUUCAUUCUCGGGUAUAAUUUAUCGUGAAAUUUAAUCAAGAGAUAAGUCAGAUUCAAGCAAAAGAAAGAUAGUUUACCAGCCUCCCGGCAUCCCAUGUCCACCUCCAACCCCACUUACCCGUCUUCCACCACCCUCACCACCACCACCCUCUCUCCUCGCCUCCUCCAACACAUCUUCGUUCAACUCCCUCGCAAGCCGCCUCGCAUAUUCCUCAUCACUCUCCACAACACUCUUCGUCGGAGGCGGCUUAAACGAAGGGGGCGGAGGAGGUGGAGGUGCGCCAGAAUUUGAUGAACUUGAAGCAUUAUUAUUAUUAUUAUUGGAGUCUUCGAGCUCACACUCCGCUGCAAGUCGCCUUGCAAGCUCUGCAUCUGCUUCUUCCUGUUGAGCCCUUGCAAGUGCUGCGCGUUCGCGUUCGAGGUAUGAGUCUGGGACUCGGGAGGGUGGACGGUGUUGUGUUUGUGUUUGUGUUUGUGUUUGCGAUUGCGAUUGCGAUUGC